AGUCGAUACAGAAAAUUCGUCUCUAUAAUUAUGCACACAUACUUUUAUAAGAGAUUAGAAUCGUAAUAUCUAAUUGUCAUAAAAAAUUAAAGAGGAAUUCAUAGUUCAUCGCUCUGUACAAACAAGUACAGAUUUGAAAAUCUUGUAUUUUACUAUAACAAAAUGAUUUUAAAAAAAGUAAUAUCUCCCACUAUCAUUCAUAAGGUUAAACAACUAGAAUUACUUUCAAAAUCUAAUCUUUUUGCAAAUUCUUGCAAACUGCCUCAAUUUGGUAGAACAUCUAGUAGUCUUGCCAAUGUUAGACAAUGUUUAAAUUCUGGUACAACUAGCAAUAGGAUCAAUUGCUUAACAAAGUUUCCAGCAACUACCACUUUAGGUACACAAAUAAGCCGCAAUGCAAGUACACCUACAGGUGAUCAUGUACGUAUGUGGGUCAUGGAAAGAGUUGUUUCAACAGCACUACCAAUUUUGAUACCUGCUGCUUUAAUAGCAGAAAAUCCAAUUCUUGAUGGUAUAAUGUCUGUAUUAGUUGUUAUGCAUUCACAUUGGGGUUUGGAAGCUGUUAUUACAGACUAUGCACGUCCUAGUGUUGUUGGACCUGUAGUGCCAAAAUUUCUGCACCUUACGUUGCUUAUGAUCUCAGCACUUACACUGUCUGGUCUGUUUAUACUCAUAAAUAAUGGUCCUGGGGUUUCAAGAGCUGUGAAAGAUGCUUGGGCAAUUGGCAAAACACCCCCACCAACCAUACCUGCUUCUGAUGAAUAAUUCCUUUAUUAUAUAUUUUGAUUAGAAUAAUUCUCUAAUUAAUAUAUAUUCUGAUUAGAUCAUGAAUAUGUUAAUUUAGAUGUUUUGAAAUUCUCUUUAUCAUAAAUUAUUUAGAAAUAAAUUAUUUGUCUUUAAAUAA